AGAAGGGGGAGAGGUUCGGCAAAGUCCGGAACCGCUCGGCAAUGGCCGGAGGCGGCUGCUGAGGCGGGGAGCGGCUGCCGGCUCGCUCUGCCCCGCUCGCUGCAAGGGGGAUCGCGGGGUGGGCGCCGCCGGCUCAGCCGCCCGUGAGGGGAAGGGGCGCGAUGCUGGCCGAUAGUCUGGUGGAGGAGUUCGAAAUCCGCGAGGAUGAGCCCUGGUACGACCAGCAGGACCUGCAGCAAGAUCUUCACCUUGCUGCUGAGCUUGGCAAGACACUACUGGACCGUAACACCGAACUAGAAGAAUCCUUACAGCAAAUGUAUGCAACAAAUCAAGAGCAAUUGCAGGAGAUAGAGUACCUCACAAAGCAAGUGGAGCUCCUGCGACAGAUGAAUGACCAGCAUGCAAAAGUCUAUGAGCAGCUGGAUGUGACAGCAAGAGAACUGGAAGACACUAAUCAAAAACUGGUUGCAGAGAGUAGAGCUUCACAACAAAAGAUAAUAAGCUUGACAGAGACUAUUGAAAGUCUACAAACACACAUAGAUGACCUGCAGCGACAAGUGGAAGAACUGAAGAAGCCUGGACGAGGCCGGAUGAGCCAGGAGAGAUCUGAGCAGCCAAGAUCAAUGCACAGUUUCUCAUGUUUGAAGGAGCUGUAUGACCUCCGCCAGUAUUUCGUUUACGAUCACGUCUUUGCAGAAAAGAUUACUUCGAUGGACAGUCAGCUAAGUCCUCUAGAAGAAGAAAAUGAGAAGUUAAAGAAGGCAGUGACAGUUCUACAAGCCCAGCUGAACCUAGAGAAAGAGAAGAGGGUAAGCAUGGAAGAGGAGUACAGUCUUAUGGUGAAAGAAAACUGUGACCUGGAGCGGAGGCUGGUUGAUACGGACUUGUAUCGGGCUCGCGCGGAGGAACUGGAAACAGAAGUAGCUGAAAUGCGACAGAUACUUCAGUCUGAAAACACGCUCCAUAAUGCCGAGAAAUUGGUGCCAGAAUCCUUUUUCAUUUCGUUCAAGGAAUCUCUAGACAGGGAGCUUGGUCAGAGCCUGGCAGAUGAUGGACUUCUGACAGUAUCCGAGCUUGAGAAGAAGGCACUGAAACGGAGCAGCAGCGAAGGCCUCCUGAGCAGUGCUGCUGGGGCAGACAUUCUCAGGGGCCAUGAAGAAACGUGUAUCAGGAGAGCUGAAGCUGUGAAGCAGCGAGGAAUCUCUGUACUCAAUGAAGUUGAUGCUCAAUACAAUGCUCUGAAAGUGAAGUAUGAAGAGCUUUUGAAGAAGUGUCAAAUGGAUGAAGAUUCUGUGAAACACAAGGCUGUACAAACACUGAAGCAGUAUUCCAAAGACCUAAAUGUGGGGAACACCCAGUAUGAUCUUUCAGCUAGCAAUCAAGAAUUCACAAUUGCUGAGCUAAGUGACUCUUCCACAAAUGCUCCCCCUGAAUAUAAAGCACUAUUCAAGGAGAUUUUUAGCUGUAUCAGAAAAACAAAAGAAGAAAUAGAUGAACACAGAGCAAAGUACAAGACUCUCUCCUCUCAGCCAUAACACCUUAUGUGUUAGUCAAGAACACAUUUCAUAUGAAUGUCAGAAGACCCCUUAAACUGAUGUGUUUCUUGAGCACUCAAAGUGAAUGUUUUGGAUUGGCUGGUAGCCCUGUAGUUAACAAGCUAGUUAGUUAUCAGCUAGAUUUCCAGUUCCUGUGUAGCAGUAGAUUUAAUGUUUAGCACUGUCGCACAAACUAGUGGUUGUAAAGCAAACAAACAUCAUAGCUUAAUGCUACACUACUACUUCAUAUUACACUUCAUCUCUGGCCAGAGCAGUGACUGACACUUGUUUCCUUAGUCCACUUCAGAAAUAACAGAGCUAAGGACUCUGAAUCUCUCACAAGAACCAGACUGAAGCUUUUCUUUGGUUCACAGGGAUGAUCUAGCCCUGUGACUACACUGAUGUAGAAAAUGAACAAAAGCAAAGCCCCGACCAGUCCCAGGGGCAGCAUCUCUUCAGCUCCAGGACCGGAGCAGUCCAGCUGAUCUUGCUUUGGCAGGGUGGUGGAAAGCUGUGCUUGCUUUAAGCCAGUACCACGUUUUCACAAUCACUAAGCUCUCCCACAGAUUAAUAUAAAUGUCUUCCUACUAAGAAAGGAUUUGAUGUAAAGUUUGUGUGGCUUUUUAGAUAUGGUUUCUUUUGUAGGGCACUUUGUCUUAAGGCAAGCUACUGUGAAUUGACUCUAUGUGUUAUUUGGGACCUACGGUUCUCUGGUGGAAUGUCUGCAAAGUACAUUUUUGUGUGUAUUUG